AUGGGGAAAUUUCAGUCCAAGCACGCCGCCGCAGCCUGCAAGCGGAGAGAGAGCCCCGAAGGGGACAGCUUCGUGGUGUCUGCGCACUCGAGUGGCCGCAAAGGCACCGUGGAGGCGGAGCGGCGCGGCGGUGGGGAGCACCGCGCACGGGACAAGCAGGAGCUCCACAGUGGGGACCCCAAGGAGGGACCUUUCCGGGAGGAUCAGUGUCCUCUGGAAGUGGCACUGCCCCCGGAGAAGGCCGAGGGUCGAGAGGGUCAGCUCUUCAGUGCAGAUGAUGCUGAGAGAGGUCUGCGAGGCCUGGGCAAGAAGCGCCUGAACAUCGACGCGCUCCAGUGCGACGUCUCGGUGGAGGAGGACAACCGCCAGGAGUGGACCUUCACGCUCUAUGGCUUCGACAACAGCGGGAAGGCCACCAGGGAGGACAUGUCCAGCCUGAUGCACACCAUCUACGAGGUCGUCGACGCCUCCGUCAACCACUCCUCCGGCAGCAGUAAGACCCUCCGUGUGAAGCUGACCGUCAGCCCCGAGCCCUCCGGCAAAAGGAGGGAGGGUCUCCCCGCCAGCCAGGACCGGGAACCCAGUCGCUGCAGGACGGAGGGCGAGGCCUUCGAGGACCCCAGGGUGGCUGACAGGAGGCUGUCUGCUCACAUCAGGAGGCCCAACGCUGACCCACACCCCUGCCCUGUGAGGGGGCUGUACUGCGUGGACGAGAACACCGAGCGGAGAAACCACUACCUGGACCUGGCCGGGAUAGAGAACUACACGUCUAAGUUCGGGCCUGGGUCCCCGCCGGCACAGGCCAAGCAGGAGCACCAGGGCAAGGCCGCACACCCCCCGAGCAGGUCCCGCUCCCAGGAGUCCGAUGCACACACAGGUCACAACCGCCGGUCCCAGGUGCUGGCUGACCACGUCCUGCUGGCCGGCGACCCCGCUGCCCGGGCCCUGGACCUGCAGCCCCGGCUGAAGGGGCAGGAGAAGCAGUUCCUCAAGUCCCCCAAGGGCUCGGGCAGGCCGCCUGGGGUGCCCGGUGGGAGCGUGCCCAUUGGGGGCAUGCCAGGCGGGGGCAAGCCCGGGAGGGCUUUCAGCUACCACCCACCGGCUGCCUUGCCCCAGGCCCCCCAGGACGGUCACCACCUCCCGCAGCCCCCGCCGCAGCCCCCGCCGCCGCAGCCCUACGGCCACAAGCGGUACCGGCAGAAGGGCAGGGAGGGCCACUCGCCCCUCAAGGCCGCGGCGCUGGGCCAGCCCGUGGUGAUGGAGCACGAGGUGGUGCGGGACCUGCCGCCCGUGCUGCUGGGGGAGGGCUACCCGGUGCCCGUGGUCCAGCGCCACGAGCACCACCACCACCACGAACACCACCACCACCACCAUUACCACCACCACCACCCGUCCUAG